AUGAAAUUAAUAAAAAUUCUUAUUCAAAUUACUUUAGUAACAUGUUAUAUACAAUUAAAAGAAGUAACAGAUAAAAUAAAAUCAAUAUUAAAUCAUACGAGAGAACGUAGAUGUUUCAAAAAUCAAGAAAUUGACAAUUUUUUUGGAGAUAUAUUACAUAAUUAUAAUAUUAGUCAAUGUGGUUUAAAUGAUUUAGAAAAACAUUUUAGCAGUUUGUUGAUACAUGAAGAUGUUCCUGAUGAACACUGGAAGGAGUAUAAAACAGUAUAUAACAAAUCUUAUGAAUCUCAUCACCACGAGGCAAUAGCUAAGACGACAUGGCUACAAAACCUACAACUCGUUGCGAAACAUAACAGGGAUUAUUUGUCUGGGAAGAGAUCAUAUUCAUUGCAGUUAAAUCAUUUUGGUGAUUGG